AUGCCCUCCGUACUUUCGCCUCUCUGUACAACCAGUCGCCUCAUCUACUACAGCAACAUGACAUUUUUCACCAUCAAUGCUACCAGCUGUGCUUCUAGUACAUUCGCAAUUUCUCCUGAAAUUUUCGGUAUCAAGAUUCUCUCUUUGUCUGCUUCCGUGGUGUCCAACUUCACCGCCCAAUCAGACGCCUCGCUUCGGUAUACAUCCCCGUCAGUAAUCGCGGAUGGUCUGACUUUCUGCAACGUGACUGUCACAUAUACACACCCAGAAGCUCACGAUCAAAUUAUUGUGGAAUCAUGGCUACCCACAAGUGGUAGCUGGAACGAACGUCUCUAUGCUGCAGGAGGUGGCGGUUAUGGCGCCGGCCGUUUCUUCAUCCCUUAUACAAUCAUGACUGGCGCGAUAGCAGAAGGUUAUGCCACAGUGACCACAGAUGCCGGGCUAGGGUCAGACCCAAGUAUUCUUGAUGGAAGUUCAUGGGCAUUACUAAGUCCCGGGAAUGUGAAUCUACAGUUAGCACGCAACUUCGGAUCAACUUCACUAAACGAGGAGGCUAUUAUUGCGAAAGAAAUCGUGCGACAGUAUUAUGGCAAACCUCCUCAGUAUAGCUACUUCAAUGGUUGCUCGCAGGGAGGCAGGCAAGGUCUAGCUUUGGCUCAGCGAUACCCUACCCAAUAUGAUGGAAUCGUGGCCGGAGCACCAGCUAUCAACAUGCCCCAAGUAGUUAGCAGCAUCUUCUGGCCACAACAAUUCAUGAACGAACUCAAGGACCAUCCGUACGACUGCGAAGUCGAUGCAGUCGUCCAUGCUGCUAUCGCUGCUUGUGACAGCCUCGACGGUUUGGUAGAUGGGAUCAUCGCAGAACCUUCUAUUUGUCUGAAGAACUUUGAUCCGUUCAGUGCGGUUAACACCACUAUUAAGUGUCCACAAACAGGCGGGGAAAGGAAAAUAAGCAAAUCUGCUGCCGCGGUGGUUAAUGCAACAUGGAUGGGCAUGGCAACAUCAUACGGCAGGAUUCUCUGGCCCGGCUAUACACCUGGGACAAAUCUUACGGGUACAACAGGUUUUCAGGGCGGGAUAGCCGGCACGAAUUGCACAGCAAAUGGGAAAUGCGAGGGCCGAUACAACCCACUUGGCAGCGGUUGGAUAAAAUAUUUUGCCGCAAAGGAUGCUAAGCUUGAUGUUGGAAGUCUUACACAAGAACGGUUCCAAGAAUUAGUCUUGCAGAGCGUGCAAGAAAUGUCAUCCUUUUUGGGGACUGACGACGCAGAUUUGGAAGGUUUGAAGCGGUCGGGAGGAAAGCUGCUGACUUGGCAUGGCCUGGCCGACGACGUGAUCCCCCCACAAGGGACGGAGAACUACUACCUUGAGGUUUCCAGUCUCAUACCUGAAGUUCAUAGUUUCUUCAAGCACUAUGAGAUUCCCGGGCUUGCCCACUGUUCGGGAGGAUCUGGGGGACAACCCACCGCCAUGUUCGAGCAGCUGCGGGCCUGGGUUGAGAAUGGGACAGAGCCGAUGAGUUCUCCUGUCAGGUUCGAUGGGAUCAACGGUACCGUAUGGGAUCGUAUUGUGUGCCCAUAUCCCAGUAAGGCCCGACUAGAGUCUAGCUGCAAUGACCCUAAAAGUGCAGCAUGUUGGAAUUGUGUAUCCUGA